AUUGUUUGGUACAACAGGAUAUUGUGCAGCUUGUAACAAAGUCAUCCCUGCCUUUGAGAUGGUAAUGAGGGCAAAAAAUAAUGUUUACCACUUAGAAUGUUUUGCAUGUCACCAAUGUAAUCACAGGUUCUGUGUUGGUGACAGGUUCUACCUUUGUGAAAAUAAAAUACUUUGUGAAUACGACUAUGAGGAAAGACUAGUUUUUGCGAAUAUGGCAUACAAUCCUAGCAGUUUAGCCCAUAUCAGAAGGCAAGUCAGUAACUUACAGCAGGCAGGAGACAACCUAACCGCAGUCGGUGAGGGUAGAAUUGUGAACAGCCCGUCCUGUUACAGCGAGAAGAAUUCGGACAUGGCGCCCCAAGGCCCACUGCGGCAGCCCAUUAGCGUAGUCAACCACCGGGACGACGGCUCCAGCGGGUACGGGAGUCCGGACUCGGAGACCUUCGAGACGCUGCCCCACCAGUGACGACAACCCAUCGCUGCCAGAGGCCGACCCACGCAGAAGAUGAAAAACCGCGGGAGGUUAAGCAGCUCUUAACAAACGAUUGCAGAUAGUUCAUCUAAAUUUUUAUAAGUUAUGAUACUUGUAAAUGCGAUGGUUGAUAGCUGAUGUAUUUUUUGAAACGACAAAUAACUAAUUCAGUGUUGCCAACAUAUUCCAUUCAUUAAUAUGCAACACACAACGCAACUUGAAACCUAUUUGCUUUUUCAGUUUAAUUUUGAUAAUUUUUUCAUAGUAUUUUGUAGU